AAUUCGUACUUCCUCCUCUUUUACUCCCUGUAGCCAACAUGGCAGUCGGCAAGAAUAAGAGGCUGACCAAAGGCGGCAAGAAAGGUGCCAAAAAGAAGAUCGUGGACCCUUUCUCCAAGAAGGAUUGGUAUGAUGUCAAAGCACCAGCCAUGUUCAACAUCCGCAAUCUUGGCAAGACCUUGGUCACCAGGACUCAGGGAACCAGAAUCGCCUCUGAUGGUCUGAAGGGCCGUGUGUUCGAGGUGAGCCUUGCUGACCUGCAGAAUGACGAGGUGGCCUUCCGCAAGUUCAAGCUCAUAACCGAGGACGUGCAGGGCAAGAACUGCCUGUGCAACUUCCACGGCAUGGACCUAACUCGUGACAAGAUGUGCUCCAUGGUCAAGAAGUGGCAGACCAUGAUCGAGGCCCACGUGGACGUGAAGACCACAGAUGGGUACCUGCUGCGUCUGUUCUGUGUAGGCUUCACCAAGAAGCGCACCAAUCAGAUCAGGAAGACCUCGUACGCCCAGCACCAGCAGGUCCGUCAGAUCCGCAAGAAGAUGAUGGAGAUCAUGACCCGCGAGGUGCAGACCAACGACCUCAAGGAAGUUGUCAACAAGCUUAUACCUGACAGCGUCGGUAAGGACAUUGAGAAGGCUUGCCAGUCCAUCUACCCCUUGCACGACGUGUUCGUAAGGAAGGUCAAAAUGCUGAAAAAGCCCAAGUUUGAGUUGGGCAAGCUGAUGGAGCUCCAUGGUGAGGGUGGUGGCGGCACCACCGCGGCCAAGCCCACCGGGGACGACACCGGAGCCAAGGUGGAGAGAGCCGACGGCUACGAGCCCCCCAUCCAGGAGACCGUCUAGAACACCCUCUGACAAAUUUAAUAAAAAAUGUAAAUGACUGGAAA